UAGUGUGACCUGACCACAAACUUCACUUGUCUCACCAGUUAGGUUGUUCCCACUGCCGAGCUACUUCCUUUUUUGAUGCAGAAGUUGGUGUUUCCCUUUAUUUUUACAUCAUAACGUGGAUGCAUAGAAAAGUUUCUGGAUUAGGGCAGAAUUAACACAAAGCAGCGACGCCACUCAAGCUACACUCGUGAAACAACACAGAAGAGGCAAGAGGGGGGACUGAGACAGAGAGGGCGACGCGGCGGGGUGAAGAUACUCGAGCAAACCUCAGCCACCUCAGACAAACUUCCAACUCUGAUAGCAAGAGGCGGACCGGCCCAUUCGAGAGACAGGGAGAGAGAGAGAGCGAGAGAGAAGCAGCAGAGAGGCAGGGGAUCUUUGCUGACAAGGACCUGAAGGAUGGAAGAGAAACAGUUUGCUGGGAUCCUGAAUGGCGCAGUUCCAGGUGAGCCAGUGAAGAAGGAUGAAAACACCCGGAGAGGGAACUGGGGCAACCAGAUUGAGUUUAUCCUGACCAGUGUGGGCUACGCUGUGGGCCUGGGCAACGUCUGGAGGUUUCCCUACCUGUGCUACAGAAAUGGAGGAGGUGCUUUCAUGCUACCAUACUUUGUCAUGCUGGUGUUCUGCGGCUUUCCUCUCUUCUUCCUUGAGCUGUCGUUCGGUCAGUUCGCAAGCCUGGGGUGUCUGGGAGUCUGGAAGAUCAGCCCUAUGUUCAAAGGUGUGGGCUAUGGCAUGAUGGUGGUGUCCACUUACAUUGGGAUCUAUUACAACGUGGUCAUUUGCAUCGCCUUCUACUACUUUUUUUUGUCAAUGACAAACCUGUUGCCGUGGACCUACUGCAACAACCCCUGGAACACGCCAGACUGCAGCGGAGUGGUAGGCACUGGCCACCAGCUCAACGGCAGCCUGGCUAACACCACCACCAGCCUGGCAGCAGGAGUGUCUGAGGCAGUGAACCGCACCAAAAGGACAAGCCCAAGUGAAGAGUACUGGAAACACUAUGUGUUGAACAUCUCUGACGAUAUUGGGAACUUUGGCGAGGUCCGUCUCCCUAUUCUGGGCUGCCUGGCUGUGUCCUGGUGUGUCGUCUUUCUCUGUCUCAUCAGGGGUGUUAAAUCCUCUGGAAAGGUGGUGUACUUCACAGCCACAUUCCCCUAUGUGGUUUUGACCAUCUUGUUCAUCCGUGGAAUCACCCUGGACGGAGCCAUCAACGGCAUCAAGUACUACCUGACUCCACAGUGGCAUAUGGUCCUUGAUGCAAAGGUGUGGGGAGAUGCUGCAUCACAGAUUUUCUACUCCCUGGGCUGUGCCUGGGGCGGUCUCAUUACCAUGGCUUCCUAUAACAAGUUCCACAACAACUGCUUCAGAGACAGCAUCAUCAUCAGUAUAACCAACUGUGCCACCAGCGUGUAUGCUGGCUUUGUCAUUUUCUCCAUCCUGGGCUUCAUGGCUUUCCACCUGAACGUCCCUGUGGAUGAGGUGGCCGACCAUGGCCCGGGACUAGCCUUUGUAGCCUACCCAGAAGCCCUCACUCUGCUUCCCAUUUCUCCACUCUGGUCACUGCUCUUCUUCUUCAUGCUCAUCCUUCUGGGACUGGGAACUCAGUUCUGUUUGCUAGAAACUCUGGUGACAGCCAUCGUCGAUGAGAUUGGUACGGACUGGAUCAUCAGGAACAAGACUGUAGUCACACUGUCAGUGGCCAUUGUUGGUUUCCUACUGGGAGUACCGCUAACAACACAGGCCGGAAUCUAUUGGUUGCUACUGAUGGACAACUAUGCUGCUAGUUUCUCUUUAGUAGUCAUCUCCUGCAUCAUGUGUAUCUGCGUUAUGUACAUUUAUGGUCAUAGGAACUAUUUCAAAGAUGUUGAGAUGAUGCUGGGCUUUCCUCCUCCUCUCUUCUUCAAAGUCUGUUGGAGAUUCAUCUCCCCUGUCAUUAUCUCUUUCAUCCUGAUCUUCACAGUGAUCCAGUACAAGCCUAUCACCUACAAUGACUAUGUGUACCCCGGAUGGUCUCUGGCCAUCGGCUUCGCCAUGGCUCUGUCCUCAGUGAUCUGCAUACCCAUCUACGCCUUCUACAAGAUCUCAAGGUCCCCAGGAGCCACCUUCAGAGAGCGGUUGAAGAAUGCAUGCCAAUCGCAUCCAAAGUGGGGCCCUGCCCUCCCGGAGCACCGGACAGGCCGCUAUGCCCCCAUGGCCUCCGAAGACACUGUGGAGGCUUGUUCCCUCAAGGGGAAGGAGGAGCUGAAGGAGAAGGAGAAAGAGGAGGAAAGGAAGGAUGAGAUUAGCCUCACCAUCCAGGGAAGCAACGGCUCCACCAACACACACAACAACCCUAACCCCAGUGCAUAGACGGCACCCUGCUCUGUCAGUGCUACCGGGCCUCACCACCCACCAUUUCCUCCUUAUCUUCCUCUAUUUUCCUUGCUUCUCCUAUGUCCUCACCCCACUUUCCCACAGUUGUCUGUGGGGGAGAUCCCAUUCGCUGGAGACCUUUACAUAUUGUAAGGGCUUAUUAUAUCUAUCCUAACCUCUUCUGUCUAUCUGUGUUUUGUCUCUAGCUAAAUGAAGAAAAAAGAAAUGAAAGGAAGAAAAAAUUGGGUCAUUAUCCAAAAGAUUUUUGUGUAUGUUAGUGUGUGUGUGUGUGUGUGUGUGUGUUGUUAAUUUGUUCCACAUAAUUUAAUAAUGCAGUUUGUUUUUUCCUUUCAUUUUUUGUAAAAUAUGCCAUCCUUAUAUGCAGUGAGAGGUGCAACAGACUGUGAAGCCACAUGUGCUUGUUUCAUGCAUGCAGACACAUAGAGACACACUGUUCUCCUUUGUUCUGUGAGCGGGGUCUGCUUGAGAUUAGCGACUUUCUAGCAGCAGUGAUGUGACAGCUGGAGACUCAUUGUGGUGCUGUAAUGUAGAGGAGGAGGGUGGACGGUGCCUGGACUGGCCGUUUACAUGGUGUGAUGAUGCUGAAAGAUGGAAAUAGACAAAAUUCCAUGACCAGAGAAAGAGGCACACACACUCGUCACACUCAUACACUCACGCUAUUGUGCAUGUACAGCACACAGUGACCUCAACCAUAACUGAUCUUAACGUAAGACUAAGCCUGUUGUUUUUGAUGCUCCUUCUUCUUUAAAAAGUUCUGUAGAGCACACAUACUUAACAAACAGCCGAGAUGGCAACUGACACUUAGAACUGAUGUUCUGCGGACAUUUCUAACUUUUUCCACUAAAGCUGCUUGAAAACUCAGCAGAAAAAUAUCAGCGAACUUUAACCGUACUGUAAUUUCGUUUUUAUUUUAUUUUUUGACAGAAGAGAUCCCAGUGCCCAUUUCUCAGGGUCCAAGUGAAGUUAAACAUUGUGGUUUGUUGUUGCUUCUCACCUAUGGAAACCUUAAUGUCUCGGCUAAGGUGGCCUGUUAAGACUCUAGGAACAUAAACCACCUCGCUGUUGAAAAGCAUCUACACAUACACACACAAGAGGUGGAUGCAACUCUAAAUACAGUGUGCCAUCUCUUCUUAAGUCUUCCAGGCAUUCUUUAUGAAUGAAAUGCAUCUUGGGGUGUGGUCAGUGAAGGACGAUGCAGGCUGUGGUCAUAGUCUGUGUCUCCCGUGGGUUGUAGCAAAUCUGCCACAUUCAGGCAUGUUACCAAAAACAUUACCUAAGCUACCUGCAUGUGUUUUUGGUAACAUAUAUUUCUUAGAGACUGAUCUGGUGUUAGUUUCUUACUGUCAGUGGAACCUUUAAUGUAUUUACAAACACUUGUUUUAAAGCUCUGCGCCAAGCUGUGCUGUUGGAGACGGAGAGACAGAGAGAUAAUGCAGCUAGUUUUUAGAAGAAUACAGAAGAAAAAUAUGUAAUGAAUACUGUAGUUUUAAAUGUAGUUGUAUAGUAUUGUUGUCUUAGUAGAAUUCUCCUUUUUACCUCUCAUUAUUGUAAAGUAACUUAGUAAAUAAUUAUAAAAACAGCACAUGUUUAUUUUAUACAAAAAAAAUUAAAAAUACAGAAUCACAAUUAACCAUGUUUACCAUUCCUCACCUGUGACUUAAUUUGUUGUUUUGUUGGAGGGGAGUGAUGGGAUAGAGAAGGUGGUGGGAUGACAGAACAAAUGCAUCUAAAAAUCAAACUGGGACACUAGUAUUUACAUAAAAUGUUUUGUUGGAUGCCUGCUCAGGUGGCAGUAACAUGUUUGAGUCUGGCUUUGUUUCUUCACAUCAUAGUCUGUGCUUUUCACAGUUUGUGAGCUGUCAAAUGAGUUUGGAUAUCCAGAGGACUAUGACACAAAUAUGUGCAGUGAACAUUCACAAAACUGUUUUGUAUUGUGUGCAUCACAUAUGUAGAGAGACAUCAAGGAAUAGGAACAAUUUGGAAAAUAUGCUUACUUACAGUAUUGUUCAAAAUAAUAGCAGUAC